AUGUGUCUCCUUAUUGGUUUUAUAAUCACUCUUUAUAUCUGCUAUCGUUUCUAUCAACAUUUUUUUCCAACACCAGACAUCAAUCCUAACGGUAAAUAUGUUCUUAUUAGUGGUUGUGACACUGGAUUCGGUCAUGAAUUAGCUAUUGAACUUGAUAAGCAAGGUUUUAGUGUCCUUGCUGGUGUUUUCGUUCCUGACAAUAUCGUUUCACUCAAAAAUAAACUUUCAUCAAGAGCUACUGUCUUUCGUCUUGAUAUUACUAAACAAGAAGACAUUGAUGCUGCAUUUGAAUUAGUGAACGAAAAAACAAAAAUUCUUCAUGCACUUGUUAAUAAUGCUGGUAUUGCUGAUGGUUCAUAUAUUGAUUGGACAUCAAUGGAAGUUAUGCGUAAAGUAAUGGAAGUCAAUUACUUUGGACAUGUUGCAAUGACAAAAAAGUUUUUACCCUUACUUAUUGCUAAACGUGAUUCACGUGUUGUUAAUAUUUGUUCUGUAGCUGGUUAUCUUGCGUCCUCAAGUAUGUCUGCUUAUUGUGCAUCCAAAUAUGCCCUUGAAUCAUUUUCGGAUUGUUUACGUCGAGAAAUGGUUCCAUGGGGUUUACGUGUUAGUAUUAUUGAACCGGGAUUUAUGCGAACACCUAUUAUUCACGGAGGUCCUAAAUCAUUUUCAGAAUUUUGGAAUAAGCUUUCAAGUGAUGUUCAAGAACGAUGGGGAGAAGAUUUACUUAAAGCAAAAUAUGCUGGCGCGGGAAAGAGUACAUUUAUCAAGUAUGCCGAAGAUCCUAUGAAAGUUGUGCGAGCUCUUCAACAUGCUGUUAUGAAUACAGUUCCUCAUAUUCGUUAUCGACCUGGUUGGCAAUCAAGUCUUAUUUUUUUUCCACUAUCUACUUUACCUGCCUGGAUUGUCGAUUGGGUUUUGGGUAAAUUAACUAAAUCAACCCGUGUACCUGCAAGCGUUAACAAACAAUAUAACGAUUAA